AGUUGCUGGAGAAGAGUAGACAAAAGAUGGCGAGUGGGAAAGGAGGAGUUGGGCGGAUGAAGCUGGGAUCGCAGGGUCUUGAGGUGUCUGUUCAAGGGCUGGGAUGCAUGGGCAUGUCUGCCUUUUAUGGUCCACCCAAACCCGAGCCUGAUAUGAUCUCUCUCAUCCAUCACGCCGUCCGUAGUGGCGUUACCUUCCUCGAUACCUCCGACAUAUACGGCCCUUUCACCAACGAACUCCUUCUCGGAAAGGCCCUUAAAGGAAUAAGGAAGGAUGUUGAGCUGGCUACCAAGUUCGCAAUCAGUUUCGCUGAUGGGAAGUGGGAGACACGCGGGGAUCCUGCUUACAUCCGGUCCUGCUGCGAAGCAAGCUUGAAAAGACUUGACGUUGAUUGCAUCGACCUCUACUACCAGCACCGUGUUGAUACUAGAAUUCCCAUCGAGAUUACGAUUGGGGAACUCAAGAAACUAGUUGAAGAAGGAAAGAUAAAAUACAUAGGGCUAUCUGAGGCCUCUGCUUCAACGAUCCGGAGAGCGCAUGCUGUUCAUCCAAUAACUGCUGUACAGUUGGAGUGGUCUUUGUGGUCAAGAGAUGCAGAGGAAGAUAUAAUUCCUACUUGUAGAGAGCUUGGCAUAGGGAUCGUUGCAUAUAGCCCUUUGGGGAGGGGUUUCCUCUCAUCGGGGCCCAAAAUGAUUGAUAAUUUGUCAAACCAGGACGCCCGAAAGUUUGAACCGAGAUUUCAAGCUGAUAAUGUGGAGCACAAUGCCCGCAUAUUCGAGUGUAUAAAUGAAAUGGCGACGAAGAAGGGAUGCACCCCUUCACAGCUGGCAUUGGCUUGGGUCCACCACCAAGGAAAUGACGUAUGCCCGAUACCAGGCACCACCAAGAUUGAAAACCUCAACCAGAACAUCGGAGCUUUGUCUGUGAAGCUCACUCCAGAAGAGAUGGCCGAGCUUGCAACCUUGGCGGAUGCCGUCAAGGGCGAUAGAUAUGGAAGUGGAGUAGCUACUUGGAAGCAGUCGGAAACUCCGGCACUCUCGUCAUGGAAAGGUGAGUAAAUGAUCAUAGUCUCCAAUGCCUUUCCUGUUGUGGGUGUUAGCUCGUUUUCUGUUUGGAAGCUUGUAAUUCUAGUAUCACCCCUCCUUGGUAUAUACCUCUAUGAAGGUUGUAUGAGUGGAUGAACUACUGUUAUCACCCCUCAAUAGUAUAUAUCUGUUCAUGUGUAUCAUGCACUAGUGGAAGAAAUGCCGAGUGCACUCACUUGCAUAAGAGGGAGAUUGUUUUUUUUUUUUGUUUGUUUUUGUGUGUGUGUCAAACACCACUCUGGGCCAUUCAUUAGGUAGGGCGCACUGUGAGGAUGCCUUGGGCUAAAAUUCAGAUGUGUCCACUCACUGGAUAGGUUGGAUUUGGGCCAUUUAUCAUUCUUUUUCUAA